AGCAUUGGUUAACACUAGAACAUUAAUGCUUGUACUCCGAGUAGGAAGGACUGGGAAAAAUAUUACCAUAUAAGGACUGGGAACAAUAUUACCAUAUAAGGACUGGUAAUGGCAUUGACACAGAGGUUACCGAUUACUGAGGGUCCCAGAAGAAGAUACGUCCUUGGUCUGGGUAUAAUACUGUUGGUAGUGAUAUGUUGGGUGGGAGGGGACGAGCUAACUGAAAUAAUCUUCAAGGAGAAGUACGAUAAACCCUUCUUCCUGGUGUACUUCAAGUCCUCCAUGUUCAUCGUGUACUUGUUGAAACUUUUGAAGUAUGUUCCCAAGUUGUUUAGUUAUUGUAUUGUACCGGUGAGGAACCCUCAGGAACUUCUCGGUCCUUCCAGCUAUGAGAGGCUUGAGUUCGACCGAUCUGAUAGUGGUAGUGAAAUGGCGAGUGAGAGUGACGACGAGGUUCUUAUCUCCACUGAGACCGAGAUCAAUGAACCACCGACACAGCGGCCCACCACUCCCCGACCAAAGAAAAGUGCCCUAAAGAAAACCUCCUCCUCCUCCCUGACCAACCCCCUAGGUCUGGACCUCCACCUACAAGAAGCCUCUAUCGGAGCACACCACGUGACACUACCCUCCCCAACAUCUGACACCCCUAUGUUGGAGUGUUCCACCUCUAAACGGAUAAAGUUCCGGUCUCUAGCAGAGGUUCGCUGUCUAGCCUCACAUGAUGUAACCCUCCAACGUGAGGCUCGCCGGCCAUUCAACUCUAGGAGUGAGGUCGUGAAGCUAUCUUUCAAAGAACACAUAAGAGUUGCGUUUGUUUACUCUAUACUGUGGUUUAUUGGGAACUAUCUGAACGCACUGGCUCUAGAGAAAACGGCUCUGUCCUACGUGGAAGUACUCUCUGUCACCUCCUCUGUUUUCGUUCUGCUCAUGAGCGCCGCGUUCCCGGUUGGCAGCCAGGAUAAGAUCUCUCUCACUAAGUUUCUGCUGGUAGGUUUGAAUAUGAGCGGGGUCGUCAUUCUGUGUCUGUCUAAGAAAAAUGAAACUCCCGAUGAUGCAGGAACCACUGAUUCAGCGUCUGGAAUGUUUGGGAUCAUGUUCGCCAUUGCUUCCUCUCUUCUCUACGCCAUUUAUAUUGUUUAUUUCCGUCGAGUAGCCGGCUCAGCUGACGGAUCAGACGAUCGGGUUGAUAUCGUUCUGUUUUUUGGUACAGUUGGUAUAAUCUCCGCUGUCUUGCUCCUACCUCUCUUCCCAAUCCUACACUUCUCCGGAAUUGAAACCUUCGCCUGGCCUGCCCAAAAAGAGUGGAAAUUCCUGAUCCUUACAGCCAUUCUGGGGACUGUAAUCUCAGAUCUGCUGUGGCUGUGGUCCACGCUCCUUACAUCCUCUCUUAUUGCUACCAUCGGACUCGGACUCACAUCUCCUACCUCCAUUAUCGUAGACAUUAUGGUUAACAAACAGACUUUCUCCGUUUCCUUCUUCGUGGGAACAGUUCUUAUCGUAAUCAGCUUCGUCGUGCUGAAUAUUUUGUGUUUGAUAGAGUACUAUGAUCCGGUUUUAGAGUGGUCACGGAGGAUGUAUGGGGUGGUUGAGUUGAAGAUGGGGUGGGGUAAUGGUAGGACUCAAUCUGAGAUUCAGGGGUUGCUGGAGGGAACAACAACUGCUGAUCAGAACAGUAAUAGCAGAACUUUACAUUCACCCUCAUAGCCCCUUUUUAUGUCACGUGAUACCAUCUUUUUAUCAAGUGAUCAUACUUCCUGGCUUGUAUAGUAUUGGAACUUUAUUUUAAAAUUGAUUAUUGUAUUAUGAUUUUUGCUGCUCCUGCUAAAUAAGAACAUAGUGUUAGUUUUAUUUUUAAACCCCACAUUUCGAUUAUAAUUUCAAAUAAAUUGAGACUGAGGUGAAAUUUUUAUCGCAUGAUUUUUUGAAUUUUUAAAUUAUAAGUAUCACCAUGAUUUUAUAGUGUUUUUAGUUGAAGUUAGCCCCUGGGAUCACUAAAAUUAUCACCAUCUCACUUUUUAAAGUUUUUAAUUGUAUUUAAAUUCAUUAUUUUCUUCUUCGUCUGAGGGGCCAACUUAAGAUGAGAGCACUAUAUUUAGUCUUACAUUGUCACUACAUUGUUUUUAGUGUUGCACGUAUUUUGUUUUUUAAUCAUUGGUAUUUUCUAUAUGCGAUCAAAUUCAAUAUGUGAGGAUCCGGAAAUGAUAAUAUUUGAAUAAUUAUCAUUUUGAUAUUAUAAUAGUUGGUAGGAUAACCUAAAGUUUUAAAAUCAUUCCAGCUACUGUAGGCGUUAUGUUGCUAAAGAGCUGACUGCUAUUAAUUAACUAAUUAAUUAAUUAAUAAAACACCGUUUAACGGUGUAAAUUAAUGUAUUUUAUUGAUUUUUUCCGAUGUUGGCAUGAUUUUGAUUCAGAAUUACUGUGAUAAAAAUUGCUGUAAACAUUUCAAAAAAGGAAUUGUUGUGUUCUCUAGCUGCAGUACUGUUCGACAAUUUCUGUGAAAUGUUACGGGUUUAGCUGAUACACUCUUGUUAAUUAGAUCAAUCAUCAAAUCA